UAAUUGCACAAACUGAUAAUUCUUACCAUACAGAUUAGCAAUGACAUACUUCCUUCCCCAUUUUUCCCACUUAAACAGUUCACACAGAGUAAGUGCUUUGGAGCUUAAAAUAGGAGGGAAGCGGCUGGUUGGCUGGUUGCUGCAUCGGAAGAUUCUCAUACUGUUGGGGAGGCUGGACAGUGAGGGUCACCCAUCAGGUUUUAUCAUCUGCCUCACAGACAGCUCUGGCUGCAGAAGCUCCACAAUGAGCCAGAAAGAAGCGGCGGCAAUGAAAACACUGAUUUUUGAUAAAAACAUAUGUUCAAAGGACAGUAUGAAGAUGAAAGGGUUUUUCAUCUUUUUGCUAAAUCUGCCAUUAGUCUUCAGUGACCAAGCCUCUAAAGAAAGUGUUCCGAUGAAGAGCUUGAGAUGCCACAAUGACUACAACUCACUCGUGACGUGCACAUGGAAGGAACAUUCAGAGGCCCAUGCCCUCCUUGGUUUGACUCUGUACCAAAAGCAUGAGACUAGGAAUGACGGUGAGGAGAUGCACUGCAAAAAGGAGCUGGAAGAAGACUUACGUGAGGCUUCAGGUCCCUAUAGCCACUGGAUUUGCUGGAAAACGGUAGAAUAUUUUGGUAUUGGGGUGGAUGACUAUUACAGCUUCAAACCCAAGCAGAUUCUGGAAGCACAACUACAAGUCCAUCUUUUCCAAAAUGUUCAGCCCCUUCCACCUCAAAACCUCUCAGUCAGCGAAAGUUCGGGAGACUUCUUGCUGACGUGGACAGCACCUGAUGGAAGCCAAGGGCUGAGCAAUGCACUGGAGUAUGAAGUCGCUUACAAGCGGGAGUGGGAGUCGUGGGAGAAGGCUGCUUCACGCCUGCUCUCCAGCACCACUCGUUGCCAUCUCAGCCACCUCAUCCCAGGGAGCAGAUAUGUUGCCCGUGUGCGAGCCAGACCAGAGCAGGGCAGAGGCUUCUCUGGGCAAUACAGCGAGUGGAGUACAGAUGUGUCCUGGGAGACCCCCGAAGGUGGCAUUCAGCCCAGGAACCUUCGCUGCCUCUUCAGCGGUGCCAAUCUUCUGAUGUGCAGCUGGGAAGUGAAGAAAGUGAUUGCCACCUCUGUCAUCUUUGGCUUGUUCUUCAGGGCCACUCCAGCAUCAGCGGAAGAGGAGUGCUCUCCCGUGCAUGAGAAGGCUUUGCCCCAUGUCCCAUAUGUGGUGCAGAGCUGUGGGAUCCCUGUUAGCAACAUCAGCAGUCGGAGCCAGUACCAAGUGGCUGUGAGGACCAAGACGGAGGAGAAACUGAUUGAAGCCUACAAGAACAUUAAGGUGCUGCCACCUGCAAAUGUGUCAGUGGAACUGACGAGAGACCAAGAGUAUGAUCUGAGGUGGAAAAAACACACUCUGCAGUAUGGUUUCAUAAAACAGCAGUACCAAGUCCAGUUCUGGGAGCACAACCAAUAUGCAAAGACUGUGCAGACAAUAAAUAUUACUGAUGAUGAACCUCCCUUCACCUUCACUGAUCAGAUGUUGUCCCCGUCUACCAAAUACAAGGGAAAAAUGCGAGCAAUGGUGAAUAAUAAGGACUAUCAGGGAUACUGGAGUGAAUGGAGUGAGGAGUUCACCUGGGAAACAGAGAACGUUCUUUCACCAGUGGUUCUCCCAUUGAUGCUUCCAGCUGUCAUCGUCACUUUGCUCGUAGUUGCUUAUUGCAGCUAUAAGUAUUUCCUGAGGCAGAAGCAGCGGUGGGAGGAAAAGAUUCCAAACCCCAGCAAGAGUCUGCUGAUCCAGAGCUACUUGAAGAAAGUUCCUCUAGGAAACUGGCAGGCAAGCAGCCAGCUGGACUUCAACAAAUGUAGCCUUGCAGAGAACGUGGAUCAGCCUAGCUUCCUUCAAGUUGUGGACAGGCAGACAAAGAUUUUGGCAGAGACCCCUGAAGUGCAGACUGAAAAGACAGUGGAUUCUUCUGGUGCACUGGACCUACAGAACCCAUACCGUGCUUUAAAUGCACCAGAGCAUGCCCCAGUUGUCUGCCCAAGACAGGUUCCUGGCCGUUCCUUUUCAGUUUCGAGGACAAACUGUGCUGAUGCAAAUAUUACUUCCCAGACAGCACUCACUUGCUUUGCUUUCAACGGCCCAUACUUGUACAGCCCGGUGAUGCCCUCUCAGCUUGAGAUGCAUCAGGUCCUGGAAGUGACCUCGAAUCCAAUGGGAAAACAGGAGAAAUCAGUGUCCCUGCAGUACGUGACCCUUCCAGACAAAGCCAGUCCCCAGGCAGCACAGAGGCAAGAGCAGCCAGGAGCAGGUCCUCUGCAGCCCUUCCUGCUCCCAGAUCAGAAGGAAGAGAUGCAGUACCUCAAUGGCAAGAAGGAAGUUUCACCACUUCCCACCACCUGUGGGAAAGACACAGCCGUGAGAACAGAAGAGCAGAAAUCUCCAGAGGCUCCUGGCCGUCCCACAUGCCUUCAGCAGUGCCCCUCGGAGUACAUCACCACAGACAGCCUGUUACUGCCAUCAGCCAGCGAUGCCACACACCUGCCACUUGCCACUGCUGGGGGGAAGCCCACUGACCCACAGGAGCCCCAGCCCUCCCGUGACUGCUCUUGCCAUGAGGUUUCUCCUGGGAAGUUUGGUGUCAUGCUCCCACCUUCAGGCCAAGUACCAGCCUCUCCUGAAACGCGCCUGGAUGCAUUUGGAGACUACCUUGAUGUCCAUUCAGGUCUCCAUGGACCUUCAGAACUCACAAAUAUUUCCUUACCUUUCCAACAGAAGGGAAGCACUCUCCCUGAAGAGCAGCCAUUGUUGGAGGGUAAUUUGGUGGUGUUGAAUCCUGACAGCACUGAGCCAGUUUUCCUUUGUCAGGUUGGUGACUAUUGCUUCCACAGCCUGAAAUCCAAUGAGAAGGUCUGUAUGAGUCAGGAAUACCCUCAAAUCAGGAAUUCUUCUGGAGGCAGGGCAGCACCUGGGAAACCUGUACCAGAUGAUGAAUCCAUCACUGACAGAGAAGAUGUAUGUAAAAUGCAGGCUAUUCAGCUUUUCAAAAGCCUGAAAUCAGAUGAUUACUUCUCCUGGCAGCAAUCUUUGAGCAUCACAGAAAUCAGCUAGAGGAGCGAAUAUCAACGAAUAGCAAGGCUAAGUGUAGCUGAAGGAGGUGGCAACUAUCUGAGCAAAAUGAACUCUCUAUGCUAGGGACAAAUAAACAGCAAUUCCUUUUUCUGUCUUCCAGUGCAACAUGUUAAUAGUCAUGGACUGUCAAUAGCUUGAUCUCAUCCUCUAUGACCUUUGCAGUUUUGUCAUGAAAGACCAUCCAAAUGCCAUCCCUAUGAGAGUGCUCUUGUUUUUUUAGAUUUUUGGAUACUCCACAAUGAACACUUUAGCCUUCUUAUGGUCCUGCAAUGGUCACAAUCAUUUUACCAUGGCACCGGACUGCCUGGAGCAAACCUUGUUGGAAGAAAUGCUGACUUGAAUUUGUGAAAUGAUAUCAGGUUGAAAACCGUUUGGAGACCUUGUUGUGUAAGAUUGUUUCAAGUUAUUUUAUUAUCUUUUGUGUAUGUGUGUGAAAUAAAUUAAAGAGUCAUCAACAA